GUUAGAACGGGCGGGCGUUCGCAUGGACUCGGAGCCAUUUCCUCCCAUUCUCUGUCGUCUCUUUUGAAACCACCAAAAAAUUGUUAUCUCUCUCCUCGUCCUUUUCUCAAUCCACGACGCGUGCUCUCCAAGCUAUUGAAUUUAUCUUUUCGAAUUCCGCCAUCGAUCUCAAGUUUAUCUCUUUGGGCACAACAAGGUUUUUCUUAGAGACUUUGGGGGAAUUUGCGGGUGAUUUGAAUUUUUUGUGGAUUUCUAGGGUUUAGGGCUCGGAUGAGUAGCGAAUCGGAUAUGGAUCGCGAUGCGGGGGGAUUGGAGCGGUUGAAUGAUUUGGACCCGCUCCGCGAGAAGGAGAAGCUGCUUGAUUCGGCGGAGGGGAGCACAAGCGAGAUAAAAGAUGAGGAGAUCGAGGCUGGCUCUGCUGCUUGCUGCAGGAUUUGCCUCGAAUACGAUGGCGAGCCAGGUGAUGAGUUAAUAUCUCCAUGCAUGUGCAAGGGAACACAACAGUUUGUUCAUCGUUCAUGUCUUGAUCAUUGGCGUUCAGUGAAGGAAGGAUUUGCUUUUUCUCAUUGUACUACAUGUAAAGCGCAGUUCCAUCUUCGAGUGGAACAAAUAGUGGAUCAGUCAUGGCGGCAAAUGAAGUUUCGUAUUUUUGUAGCCAGAGAUGUCCUCCUUGUGUUUCUGGCAGUGCAGACAGCAAUUGCUACUAUUGGUACUUUUGCAUAUUUCUUGGAUAAAAAUGGGAGUUUCAGAAAUUCUUUCAGUGAUGGUUGGGACCGCAUAUUGUCAAAGCAUCCCAUACCCUUCUACUAUUGCUUAGGCGUCUUGAUAUUCUUCGUGCUAUUGGGCUUCUUUGGCUUGAUAUUGCAUUGCUCUUCCCUCAAUAACAAUGAUCCAUGCAUGGCAGGGUGCCGCAACUGCUGCUAUGGAUGGGGCAUCCUGGACUGUUUCCCUGCUUCCAUGGAAGCUUGCUUUGCCUUGGUAGUUAUCUUUGUUGUUGUUUUUGCCAUUCUAGGCAUUGCAUAUGGUUUUCUUGCAGCUACUAUGGCCGUCCAGAGGAUAUGGCAGAGACAUUACCACAUCCUUACAAAGAGGGAGCUCACUAAGGAAUAUGUAGUAGAGGACCUACGUGGAUGUUACACACCUCCAAAGCUGGACCAAGAGCAUGAAGAGCGCCUGAGAUUGCUCAAGCUUCUUUGAUGGCGACCGAACAAUAUUUUCCUUUUGUAGAGUGUUGGAGUAUUUGUUGAUUGUAAUCUGGUACAUAUCUGAACCUGAGAUAUUGAAAUAGAUAAAUCGAUGUAACAGCUUGGUUGCUUGGCAUUUUAAUUGUCGAUUGUUUGUGAUGGAA